UUCUUACAUUUGACUGGCAUUCAUUUAAGAAAGUACAAGAGAUAAUUGAAGAAGCAGAUAAUGAAUUACUUGAGAGUAAUGAUGAAUUACUUAGUAAUGAUAAUAAAUUACUUGGGAAUAAUGAUAAGAUGGAAAUAUUUAAGAAAGAGUUUGAAAGUCCAAUUCCUAUUACUUAUAAUACUAAAUUUACACAGUGA